UCACUUCCGGGCGCCGCCUCACUUCCGGCUUCCCGGCGCGGCCGCCCGGCCCUGGCCCCGGUGUUCCUGGCCCCGCGCCCCGGGGCAGCGGUGAGCUCGCACGGAUGGAGCCGCCGCGCUAGGCGCCCGCAGCCAUGGCCGCCCCCUGGGCCGGCGCGCUCCUGGUCCUGGUGGCCGCGCAGGCCGCGUCCCGGGCGGCCUGCCUGGAGGAGGAGGCGGCCCCGGACGAGUGGAUCCUCCUGCACGUGGUCCAGGGGCACAUAGGCGCCGGGAACUACAGCUACCUGCGGCUCAACCACGAGGGGAGGAUCGUGCUGCGGAUGCGGAGCCUGCGGGGCGACGCCGACCUGUACGUGUCGGCCAGCACCCUGCACCCGAGCUUCGACGACUACGAGCUGCAGGCCGUCACCUGCGGCCAGGACGUGGUGCGCGUCCCCGCGCACUUCCAGCGCCCCGUGGGCAUAGGCGUGUACGGGCACCCCUCGCACCGCGAGAGCGAGUUCGAGAUGAAGGUGUACUACGACACGACGGCGGAGCAGCAACCGUUCGGCGCGGCCGCGUCCCCGCACGGCGCCGACGCGGGCCACCGGCACGCCCACGCGCCCGAGGCGGCCGCGCAGGAGGACGAGUCCGUGCUCUGGGCCGUCCUGAUCGGCGUCCUGAAGCUGGUGCUGGAAAUUCUCUUCUGACCCGGUGGCCCGAAGCUGACGGCGCGCGCGCCGCGCUGCUGCUACCUGGCUGAACGCCCCCUGCGGUUACCUUGUCUAUUCUAGUUGGGGGAUGGGAAGAUAAAGCCAUACAGUUAUGUUACCUCAGUUACCCCGAAAAUAGGAAAUGCAGCAGACACGAUAUUUGUUUUCUUUUAAAGAUCAAAAUUCCUAUAAAAGGAGUAUGCACAAUAAAAUUUUUAAACUCCA